GGGGGUUAACAGCAGCAGAACAGAGGUCGCGGAUCAGCAAGGCUGCACUGUACUUAAAAUUUCCAGGGUUGCGAUGCUUUAAUAGCGUGCAUCCUCGAAGUGCAACCAAGUGUAAAUAAUGCAGCCGUGCGAUUAGCUAUAAGAAACGUCUCAGCGUACAUUUUAUUUUUUCACGAGGGUCAUUAUAUUCUCAUAUAGAUAAUCGGGGUGUCACCUCCACCAUCACCGCGUCCUAUCCUAUAUACGAAGUAGCUGUGGAAGGUGCUGUUACUGUUCAAUGAUGUAAGAGACGAAUUUGGGGGAGAAUCACAUUCUUCCUCUCUGCUUCUGCAGCAAAUCGUCUUCCACAAUUUGUAACUUGUCUGUGCAGUCAUUGAUACUCAAAUCAAGAUGUUCAAAAUAAUUUUAAUUUUGACUUUGGUACAAAAAAUUGUAUCCUCUACAUGUCCAACUGUGAACCGAUGCAACUGCAGGCAUAUCAAACCACAAGCAGAGUGGCUACGAGUAGUUUGCAAAGAUAUUGAAGAUAUCACAGAUAUUGACUUCAAUCCAGUCAGUGUUGAAAUGAUUCAUUUAGAUUUAAGUAAAAAUGACAUAUCUAUCAUAAAGAUAGAUACUUUUAAAUAUUUAUCAAACUUAAAACGUUUGAAUUUGUCAGUUAAUAAAAUAACAUUAUUGGAUGAAGGAGCUUUCAAUGGUUUAACUAACUUGGAGCGCUUGGAUUUGAGUAAAAAUUUAAUUUCAACAAUAAACUCUCAUGCUUUCAAAAGACUACCAAAUCUUAAAAAACUCAAUUUAUCAAAUAAUCUGAUUAAAGCGUUAGAGGUGACGGUAUUUCAUGGUUUAUUGGCUUUAGAAUAUUUAAAAUUAAAUGGAAACAGGAUUGAAACUUUGAAAGAAGGUACUUUUCACAGUCUGCAAGCUUUGAAACAAUUAGAUGUUUCUGACAAUCCAUGGAAUUGUAAUUGCAAUCUAUUUUGGUUUAGCUAUUGGAUACAAAGUAAUUCAAUUAAAUUAGUACCACCUCCAGAAUGUGAUUCACCUCAAAGCUUGAAAGCCAAACCAGUGAAAAAAUUACGAAUUUUUAAAGAAUUUGAGUGCAAGUGGUCAACGCCAUCCAUUGAAAUAGUACCAGAUCAGAAUCAAGUUGUUUUUGCUGGUGAUACUAUGACUCUCAAAUGCCGCGCACCUAGUAUAACAAGUGAUAAAUCCGCUAAAUUGAGUUGGUUAUGGAACUCGAAUAUUACAUCUGAUAUUAUUGAUUUGGGUUUAUAUAAUAAUCCACAAAUUUUCUCUAAUGUUAAGAUAGAGAAUAGGAAUCUCGACGAUAGUGGUAUUGUUGCGAGUUCACUGAGUAUUGACCCAGUCAAUGAGGAACACAGUGGGCAAUGGAAGUGCUUUCUAGUCUCGGCCUAUGGAAAUAUAUCACAAGCCAUAAAUGUUAUUGUAAUAUCUAACCGCACCAAGUAUUGUCCAUUAGCAGUAACAAGAGGAAAUAAAGGAAUGUAUGCAUGGCCACGAACUGUGGUUGGAUGGAAAGUAGAACUGCCUUGUGAAGGUAGUAGUUUAGCUGCAGGUUCUGUUCAACUCAUAUCUCGAGCUUCCUAUGAAUGUAACAGUACUGGCAAAUGGGAAAAUCUAGAUACAGAACAAUGUCCAUAUAUAUCAGCAACAACAAAAAUACUUGAACAAUUUUCUACUGUUAAUAUAUCACUAACGAAAUUAUCACUACCAAAAGGCUCUUUAUUGGAAACUAUAAAAAAACUCAAGAACAUAACAGGAGAAGGAGCUUCAUUGACUGAUCCAGUGGAAGUUAAUUUUGUCACGCAGAUACUUGAAAAUUACGCGAGUUACCUUGUUGAAGAAGCAGAAUUAGGUACUACGCUAAUUGACGUUGUGAACGUACUACUGAAUCUUCCAAAAUCGAUGCUCAAAGCUGCAGAGAUUAAUUAUAAAGCAUGUACAAGACUGAUCAAGACAAUAGAACUUAUUGUUGAAGUUACGCCAUCCAGCCAACUUAUACAACUACACAAAACAAAUAUGGCAUUGGAAGAACACAGAGUGAAGGCUGAGAGUUUUACUGGUCUAACGUGUACAUGGUACAGUACGACAGAGAAUUUAUACGUAAAAUUACUUCAUUGCUCCAUGAGUAAUAGAACGACGAUAAUCAAUCCAAGCAAUGGAGAAACGAUGAUAGAGGCUUCGAUACAAUUACCUGCUUCUCUUUUGAAAAAUGUCAAAGAUAGCGAUAUUUCACAUCAACUUAUGGUUUCGAUGUAUGCGGAUAAUAAACUCUUUCCUAAGAUUAAUAGAUUAAGCGAUGAAGACAAUACCGAUAUUACGACGAGUAUUGCUGGUAGUAAAUUGAUUGGAACAACUCUCAAAAACUUGACUGACCCUGUAUAUGUAAUGUUGAAAGUACCUCUGAUUCCUUUUGCUAAUAGUAAACCCAUACCAGUAGUAUGGGAUUCGUCCUUAAAUAAUGAGACCGGUGGUUGGAGCAAUGAAGGAUGCCACUUAUCUAACUUUAUAAAUAACUUAAUUAUUUUUCAUUGUGAUAGAUUGGGUUACUAUGGUUUAUUGCAAGACAAAUCUUUUAUUGCUGAAGAUGGAAAAGUAUUUGCAGGUGCCAAAUUUAAAUAUUCAAACCCUGCAAUAUACGUAGGAAGUUUUAUACUGUUGGUGUGUUUAAUUUGCACCGCAGUGACAUACGUAUGCUGUUAUGCAUCGAUAGCGAUGCCGAAAAAAGCAAAACAUUGCGUUAUCAACACAUGGGUCGCAAUAGCACUACUUUGUUUUCUUUAUACUUCUGGUAUACAACAAACUGAAAAUAUUGAAAUUUGUCAAGGAGUUGGUAUUAGUUUGCACUAUCUAUCGCUAUGCUGUUUAUUCUGGAUGACUGUUUCAGCUAACAACAUGUAUAAACGGCUAUCAAAGUCAACGGUGGAUCCAAUAACCGACGAUGACGAAUUGCGCGAGCAACCGAUCCGAAAGCCACUACUAGGUUUAUAUCUAGUAGGUUGGGGUAUUGCACUGAUUAUCUGCGGGAUAUCAGGCGCAGUGAACAUGCGUGAAUAUGCCGGCUACUCGCAUUGUUUUCUUACCACAACUGGUCCGCUUGCUGCGGUUUUCGUACCCGCAGCCAUUCUUCUCGUCUAUCUCAUCGUCUUACAUAUGCUCAUACGAUGCACUAUACGCAACGUCGAUCUCAACGGCCAACUGAGCGAAGGUACACAAGCUACGGAAAAUGUGGAUCUUGAAUUGUUAGAGCCUAAUCCUAAUCCUGGAUUGGACAGGGUUAGCCUUCAUAGCUCGCAGACUGUUUCUUCCGAGGUUGAAGAUCAGGAACAUUCACAGAUGACUCAACUUAAAGGACUCAUAAUAGUGAUGAUCCUGUACUUGAUAGCCUGGUUAUGCGCAGCCAUGACGACUGCGAAUUUGCUCAACAUGUACAUUCCAUACAAAGAGACUAUUUUCGCUGUACUCUACGCUUUAUCAUCAAGUUCACUAGGAAUGUUCAUUCUGCUGUUCUACGGCAUUGCCAGGAGUGACGUGCGGGGACAAUGGUUGAAAAUGAGAUGUUGGCUUAAACAGAAAAAGAACAGAUGUUGCCGAACGAGAAAUGUAUCUGAUGCUAAUCCUGCUAUUCCAACGCAACCUUUAGUGCCGUUGACAACUCCUCCAAUAUCCAAUUCUCAAGCAACGCAAAUUAUUUCGGACACCAACUCUCUCGGUUCCUCUCGUCACACUCACAAGUCUCAGAGCAGCUGCAACACAUCCAAACUCACGGCAAAUGAUUCCAGUCGUUGCCACGUGAAGCCGAAUCUCUUUGUUAAUGCCAAUUUAAUAAUGCUUCAUCGUCAGCAGUAUCGCUCGAAUAAUUCAGUUACCACGUUUAAUACAGAGUCGGCACCCGCCUCUGUGGAGAUGUUCUACAAUCCUCAUCAGAGUGGCGUAGCCCGCAAAUUCUUCAAGAAACAACGACGUAAUAUGAUGAAAAACAGUAAUCUUGGUCCUCGCAAGCACGCCGAUCAUGGCGGUGCGACCAGUGAUAACGGUAGCUGCGUCAGUGUUCCCAGGAGAGCAGUACCUAAGUUAGAAAACGAUAUUGAAAGGAAUAUCUUGAGCACCAGUGCCAAGGUUAAUAAUACUAAUAUCCACGUGGAAAUGAAUCCCAUCAAUGAUGCCAAAAACGUUAACAUACUUUCGGAUAGUGGCGGAAGUGUAGCCGAGGAUCGGAAUAUCGCUUUGAGAUACGUUAUCGGGCAAGAGCAUUUGGGAAAGAAUACAAGAAAGGUUAAUAAUGAGCCUACAAGACCUCCAAGUGCUGGCACAAAUCGACGCAAAUAUCCACCGGCGACGACAAAUCACGCGACAUGUACGAGCCCUUACGAAUCAGACACAACCGAGUCAAAAGUCGAAGAGAUGAAACAAAUGCGGAACGUUUCUCAACAGUGUAGCUUGGAAUGUAGUUCUGGAAUGGAAUCUAUGACUCAAAUAGCUAGCGAAAGAAGCGAACAUAAUCUCUCAGAUAUAAGUGAAGUGGCGAUAUCUAUAAGGUCAACGACAGGUGCAUUAACUAUCAGAAGAUCAAGUGUUGAAGAAACAGCAUCGAUUGAUAGAAAUCAGAGGUCAUAUAACAUGUGUAAUCAUCAUUCCGGAAGUUUGAAUUCUUUACCUAUGGUAGAUAGAUCUAUGAUUUCGUUCCGCAAUAAAAGUAGCUACCGAAAUUCUCUGAAUGAUGCUACAAGCUUAGAAUUUUCGCGAGCAGCUGAGGAUUUUGACAAGAUUUUGCUUGAUCAAAUUACCGAUACCGUUAACUCCGGAACAAGUACUAGUAUUAACAAGCGACAACAAGAGCUGUUGUCUUUCCCAACAGCUGCAGUGGCACCUGCAAGUUCUGAGAUUAAAAUAACUUCGGAAGAGGAUGAAGAUGGUGAAGAAAACAUAGUUAAAGCUGUUAUACCUUUAGUGGAGCAAGUGGAGGUUUUAGCAGGUGAAGCACUACCGCUUUAUGAUUUUGGUCAGAGGGACGAAAGGGAUGCUCAUCAUCAUCACCUCCAUCAUCACCAUCAUCAUCUCUAUCAUCAUAAACAGCAUUAUUUACACGGUAAGGAAAGCAGUCGCGAGGUGAGAGACGUUGAUCAUGAAACCGAUAGUCGAAGCGAUGAGGAAGAUGAGUCGAUGCAGCCUGAAAUGAUGAAUGUUAAAAAAGAGACUAGUGUCUGAGCUAAUGUUAUUUAGUUAAUUAAGCGCACAUUAAUUUUCGAUAAGGUGAAAGGAUUAUUUAUUUAAUAUUGGCUAGUAGUUUUACUACAUAUGUGAGGCAUUUAUUUUAAUUUAUUUUAAUAUUUAAAUAUUUUGGUACCAGUGACAUAAUUUAUUAGUGGGAAGAAUUUCGUAGAUUAUCAUGAAUUAUUAUUUUUUAACUUAUUUUACUCUCUACUUUUCCUGAAAAUAUAUAUUUCUGCCGUUGGAAUAUUGUUCCAAUAUUCACCAUUACUGAUAUAUAUUUUUCGUUACUUCGAGAGAAUAUUUACUAAAUGAAGAGUACAGGGAAUUUUCCAAAAGAAAAUAUCUAUAAACUCUAAUAAACAGAAGAUAAAAAAAUAAAAAUCUAGAUUUUUAAGUAUUCGUAUACCUGGCGAUAAAUAAAAAUCUAGGUUAUAAGGUAUGCAUAAACAUGGAAAUUGGAAAUAUACUUUACAAUGGUAGUUAUAUGUACAAACAUUGAACAUAAAUUUUUAGAUAUGAUAGUGAGCUAUGUAAAAUAUUUUACAUUCCAGUUUUUUUUUCAACAUAGUAACUCAUUUUUUAUUCAACCUAAAAGCAAAUACUCAAAGCCAUAAUUAUUUUCGUUGAUACAUAAAAUAGACAGUUUUACUACAAUUUAUUUUAAUUUUUCAUUUGCAUAUGAUAUUAAUUCACGGAUUACAAGUAUUUUAGAUAGUCAAUUGUUAUAAUAAUUGUUUAUUUUUCAAAAUUACAGUACAAUGUAUGCAUCCAUAAUCUACAUAUGCUUGAAGUGAAAAAUUAAGAAUAUCAUGUAAUCUUUCAUAUAAAUGUAUUGCUUGCAAAGUUAUACAACUAAUAAAUAAUCGUAAUAAGCAAGCUCUUACAAGUAAAACUAAAAUAGUUGUAAAAUAUUUAUGAUACAGAUGUUAUAAAUAUUGAACUACUUUUUGCAGUUUUUAGUUUUUCCUAGGUCUUUAUGUGAUAUAUCUAAAAAUAUACAUAAUCUGUAAUAGUAUUUCAUAAAAAGUAAAAAUUCAUGUUAUCGAGGCCAUUUUUAUAUAACACUGAUAGAAUUGACUGAUGGUUUGGAUAAAUUACUUAUAACGCACAUAUUUUGACAAUUGACAUGAUAUAAAAUUUAUCUAUUCAUUUAGCAUAGUACGCUUGACUGAUAUUAUUUACACAUACUGUUGAAGUACACUGUUGGGUUCUUCCGAAAUAGUGCCAAAAUGCCACAAUUUUAACUGAAAUAAUUCUAUGCAGAUUUUGCUACUAUUUAUUUACGUAUUUUGACAUUUUUUCACGUAUAUAUAUAUUUUGUAUUUUAACGUAUUAAUGUCUAUUAAUUCUAUUAUGUCUAUUAAUAGAAUAAGUGCCAAAAUUCAAAAUUAAUAUGAUUUAAAUUGAGGACUUGCAGAAAAUAUUUUAUGUAAAUAAAUAUUGAAAUUAGAAUGCGUUGAUCAGUGCUGUUGGUCGCAUAUAAAUGUUCAUAUAUAUGUAUAUUAAAUUAGGUAACUAUAAACAAAGUUGCGAUUGGUAAAAUUUUUAAAAAACACGCAUAUUUAUUCAUCACCGUGUAAGAAAUUGUUAACCGCAAAGUUAUAAUCAUUCUAUAGAAUAAACUCAAUUUGUUGACGAAAACGCAAUCAAAUUAGGCAGUUUUAUAUUGAAAGGUCGAACCAUAUUAUCCUUCAUGGCUAACAAAUUGACCAAUUCUCAUUCUAAAAGUAACUGUUAGCUUUUAUCCUACAUAUCCGAGCUCGGAACUAAGCUGAUGAAAACGUAAUGGAGUAUUCUAAGACUACUAAACGAAUAGCCCGCGAAUAGUGAAAGAAGGUCGUGUACUUGCCCAAUGAACUUAUUAUGCACUUGCGAGGAAUGAUAGGUUCACGUGAUACUACUUGACGAUUGAACAACUACUCUUUUAUAAUAGGCACGAAGCGAUAUAUGGCGCACCAAAAGAAAAAUGACGUUAUUCGUCGUUUUUUAAAAAACUUUGUACCUGUUUGUAUAUUAUCUUAUACAACAUAUUUGAAACUUUUUAAUAAUUUUGUAAGAAACGCACAUUUUUUCUGACUGCAAUCUUGCAAAUUAGAUAGCUUUAUUGCAAGCAUUUUUGAAUGAUAUUAAAUAAUUUUGUAAUAACAAUCGAUUAUUAGAUCGUGUUUUAAAAAUUUUAUAAUGCGCAUAACACAUUACGAUUGAACCGCCUUAAAUUGUUAUGUAUUUGUAAAUAUACAUAAUUAGUACUAUGUAGUUAUGAAUGUUAGCCAAGUAUGAAAAUGUACAGUAUGUUUGUAUACAUUUAAAUAUGUUUAAUUUUAUAUAAUUCAAUAUAUACUUAGCUGUAUGCAUAUGGUAAUAGGGCAUUUUUUUUAUUUUUUUUCUCUUUUUAUUGUUUGUAUUAUAGUGAAUUUGCUAUGGCAGUUAUUUCUUUGAUAGGUGUCUGAGACUGAUUACAUAUUUCAUGGUAAAAUUGCAUUAGUGUCUGUCAAUUUUUCUAUAUAAUUUUGCGUUUCUAAACGCAACCAUUCCUACUGUAAAUAUUCAAUAAUCGUCAAAUAAACUAAAU